AUGACUGCAGCAAUUUAUCUGGACAUAUUUAGUAUUAGCUCACCUAUUUCUAAGUUUCUUCAAUCUCCGUCGUUAAACUAUCUAACUGCUUUUAAUAUGAUUAACAACUUGCAUAAAAAAAUUAGAUCUAGAAGAGAUAAUGCUGAUAGUAUAUUCAUUAAUCUUUAUUCUAAAGUUAAACAUUUUAUUACAGAAAUAAAUAAAGAGCUAGAGUUAAAUAGUAGUAAUUUCACUAUAAAAAAUGAUUUUAACAAGGGAAAAUCUGUAGGUAGAGUAUCAAAAAAAAAAAUGUCUGGUGAAGAAGUAACAGAUGAACCGCCAAAUAUUUCACCGACUGAUAGGUUUAAAAUUGAAACAUUUAAUUAUAUACAUGAUAUUUGUGCAAACAGCUUGGAUAAACGGUUUAUAAGUAAUACAAAAUUACUAAGCGAUUGCAUUUGCCUGGAUCCUAAACAUUUUAAUUCGAUAAAAAAUGAAGUACCUGCAAAUGCGUUACUAGAACUUUCAAUUCUAACAACUAUUGAUAGAAACACACUUGCAUAUGAAUUACAACAAUUUGCUUUACAGUUUAAUUCUAUUACUAAAACUUUUGAAGCUACUUUCACAUAUUAUUUAACUGAAGACUCCCAAUUUCCUAUUUAUGAACAUGAACUAGAUUUAGACGAAGAUCAAGCAUCCGUAAUUGAUCCAUCCAAUAAUUGUAAAACAUGCAAUAACUGUUUACGUUGUGCUUUCAAUGUGUUACAUAAUAUAGUUCAACAGUGGUUGUUUUAA